UACAAAUAGGGUUUUCUAGUUUAGGGUUAUUGUUCUCUUCUUCUCCGUUUGCCGAAGAAGUGAGUUUGUGUGGAGAAGUUGUGGGUUCUCCUUGUUGCCUCCCUUUGCACUGUUCUUUGAUAUUUCGCUCUUUCGUGGUUUAAUGGAAGAGGAAGUUAAUUCACACACAAAAAUGGAAAAUGAGGUUAAGAAGGAUAAUAAACAAAUCACUAUUCUUACAAAGGGUGCAUGGAGGUACCUUAAGAAAGAGUUAAAUAUGAAAUUAGGCAAGGAGUACACACCUAACUUAUUUAAGAAAAAAUCCAAUCAAUUGGAAGGAAAAUGGAAUGAUCUUACUUCACUGCUGAAAAUGGAGACUGAACUAGGAGACAAGUCAAGUACUAGACGAAUUAUUGCCAUAAAUGAUCAAUGGAACAAAUUAUGUGAGAAAUAUACAUUUGCAAAGCAAUUUAAAAAGGAAGAAUGCUUGCAUUAUGAUAAAUUAUGUGUUGUUUUUUGGGACAAAACUCCCUCUAGUGCAAAUCAACAUCCCUCUACCAAAAGUCCUUCAAUUAAUGAUGAUGAUGAUAAUGAAGAAGACACUAAUUUUGAUCAAGAGGGAGAUGUUCAUCAGCCAAAAAGGAAAACAAUUGUUCAUGUUAGUGAGGAUAAGAAGAAACUGAAAGCAAGAAAAAGUGAUCAAAUGACAUUUGCUAAUGCUUUGACAAAUUUUGGAGAAACUCAAAAUAAGCUUGAAAUUUUGGAAAAGAUGAGUGCGGAUCAUGUCACAACAUCAACUUUUAGUGUUACAGGGGAAGUAAAUGGACAAAAGUCACAAAACAAUAAGCAAGAUAAGGAAUCCAUAUUGGCUUGUGUAAGGAUUCUUCAAGGACUUCAAGGCAUUGAUGGUGCUUCUUUUACAAAAGCAUUAAAGUUAUUGAAAGAAGAUGCUUUAUGGAGAUGUGUGUUUUUGGCAUUAUCUGAUGAGCGAAAGAAAGAUUGGGCCCUCAAUCUUCCUUAGUAGAUUUUACUAUUUAUUAUUCUAAUUGAUUUAUCUAAGCUUGUUGGAUCUUUCAAUAUUCUAGUUAACUUUUAAGUUUGUGUUUGAAUUAUGACAUUUUGUUUUUUUUUUUAUAUUUGCUUUCAUGAACUUGAUUGCAUGGA